UUCACGUGGCGCCGGUGCCAUGGCAACACCUUCGAUGGCGCGGGAGCAACUACCAUGGCUCUGCUUAACUGCGUCCCGCGGCCGGAGGACCCGGGGGGUGGCGCGCGGGGGCUCAGAGGUCAUGCAGACACCAUGGGCAUUCAGGCAGGUGAGGCGCUGUCGGCGCUGUUCUGGGAGGGCAAGUGUCGCGAGCUCCUUGGAGAGCUGGCGGCGGCGCACGACGUCUCACAGGCAAGGACUUUCCGCCACAGCCACUUCGGCCACCUCCCCGACGACUACAUGACAGAAACUAAGGCGGCUCUGGUCCUAGGUGAUGGUGGGCGAAGUCCGCGCCAAGUCCUUGGAAUCGUCAGAAUGGCAGCAACGCUUCGCGCGCCUCGAGCCCCUCUCUCCGUGCAGGCCGAGAAGAACCGAUGUCUCGAGGAGAAAUCCAGGACGGCGCGGCAGCUGCAGGAGCAGGAGGCGAAGUGGCAGCGAGAGAGGCAGGACUUGGAGCUGGCGGCACAGCGCCAGGGCGCCGUGGUGGACAGGCUGCGCACCCAGGUGGCCGACGGCGAGCAGGAGGCCCAGCGUUGGCGGCAACGCGCGGACCGCGCCGAGAAGGACCUGCGCGACACGCAGGACCGGGCGCGCGCAGCUUUCGCCAGGCUCGUGGCUCGCUACAAGCACCUCCAGCAGCACCACCAGGAGUACCAGCAGGAUGAGAAGGCGGAGACGGCCGAGCAGGGCGUGCAGGCCGGCGGGCAGGCGUCCCGCAAACAGUGUCGCGCCGUCCAGUGCCGGCCGCCGCGCCGCAACGCCUCCACCAGCACGGCCAGCGCGGCCACCCGGCCCCGCCACCGCGCCACCAACACGGAGCCACCCGACGACGAGGCCGCGGCAUCCCCGCCAAGCCCGCCAAGGCAGACAAGUCCGCCAGGAGAGAGGGGCGGCGGCGCCGGAGACGCGCUCACGCCCCAGCAGCAGCAGCCCAUCUUCGUGCCCACGGAGAACCUGCUGGACGUGAGCGUGGACCGCUUGGACGAGCUGCUACGGCCCAGCCCGGACCGCCCGCCGGAACGGCCGCCGGAACUCCAAGCGGCACGUCCCGGCCCCGGCAUGGACGACCUGGAGAGCGUGCUCACGGCAGUGCGCGCCAAGCUGGUGCAAACACUGCAGCUGCACCUCGCGCAACGGUCAAGGCGUCCUGUGAGUCCGACCAGCCUCCACGACGGCCACCUCGACAACCGGCCGCGCCACCGGCCCCGCCAGACGGAGCAGGAGACGCAGGUGUGGCCGGGGGACAUCCUCGAGGACAGCGUCACCACGCUCCAGAAGGACGUCAAGGACGGGGAGUCCCAGACCAGCCGGGGCCAGCCCGAACAGCGCAUCGUGAAGCAAGACGUGCUGGACAGGCACGCGGUGGCGCUGCUCAGCUGGUCACUGCGACGUGCUUCAAGUCACCGGCCCCACCGACACCAUAGGCCGCCCGACUGGCGGCGCCUGCGCGACCGCCUCCGCCGCCACAUCUGGCCGUCGCUGGAGGACGUCGUCCGGCCCGUCACCGCGGCCACGGCGUGCACCACGGAGCAGCCCCUGCACGUGCACCUGGCCAGCAUCAAGGCCCUCUGCGCCAGGGCGGCGCGCGACGGCGCGCGGAGACAGCAGCAGCUGGUUCGCGCCCGCCAGCGAAUCUCCCAGUUGACAGCGCAGCUGGCGGCGGUCGCGGUACCCUUCCCAACGGCACUGUUCAGUAGCUUUGUCGAAGAGACUUCUAACCACAGCCACGGCGUGCACCAGGAGGAGCCCGAGCGCGCGCGCACACACAACAUCUUCCUCCAGCGGCGGCUCCAGGACCUCAUCGACAGCAGCGCCGUGACCGCCGGCGACCUGGCCGCGCUGCGGUCCGUGCACGCCAAGCUCACGGGGCAGCUCUCCGGCCAGCUCCCCGGGCAGCACGACGAACCAGGGCAGGGCUCCGACGAGCAGUCGGCCGACUCCGGCAUCGAGAAGGUACAGCCUCAGAAGGGAAGGCGAGGCCUGGGCGAGGCAAGGGGCGCGGACAGACCCGGCCUGAGCGCGCCCGCUCCACAGAGCAACGACGCCACCGAGGACAACCAGUCCACGGCGGACUCGAAGCGGCAGGCGAAGCUGGUGGACGACGACGAGGACCUACUGCUGCGGCGAGAGCUGCGGGGUGGCCGGCGUGGAGGCGAAGGGGUGGUAAGCGAGCGGCCGGCUGCUCGAACUGCCCUGCGGCAGCCUGGAACGCGGUGGUCUUGUUGCCGCAGGUUGGAGGAGCAGCUGGACCACACGCCGUCCAAGCUCGUCGAAGGCCUGCCCGACGAGCGCGACCUGGCUGAGGUGGACGCGAAGGUGCGGCGCGCGGUGCGGCACUUGGGUGCCUGCAGCCGCGGGUGCCGCGCCGCCAGCGCCGAGUGCGUGCUGCUGCUGCGCGCGGUGCCGCUGCUGGCGAGACAGCUGCUCAUCGAGCGUCGCCGCGUCGCCCACAACAAGAGCCCCGAGGCCAGGCUGCUGCCCGCGCCGCCGCCCAACACGCCCCGCGACCUGGACGCGCUGCUGCUGCGCGGCCCGCACCGCGCCGUGCUGGUCAACGCGCACCGCGUGCUGUCCAGGAGCUGCGCCGCGCGCCUGCAGGCGCAGAGCCUCGCGCACCAGCAGCACCUGCACGCCGUGCGCGACCAGCACCACCGCCACGUGCAGGCGCUGCGCGCCACGCACACCCAGGCCGUCGGCAAGCUCAUGGACCAGCACGCCGUGGCCAUGUGCCGCGAGCGCGACCAGCUGCGGCUCCAGCUGCGCGCCGAGGUGCAGCGCGACCUGCAGAGGGACAUGCGGGCCGUGCUGGCGCGCUCCACCGCGCACAUCGAGGCCCUGCACCAGGCCCAGCUCACCAGCCUGCUGCGGACCAAC